AUGACAGAUUUUGCGAGAUCGAUUUGCUACUUCGUCGAGUUUCCUGUGGCUUUUUUUGCCCGCAUCUUCCUUCUAGGAUCAAAGCUUGCGUUGGAAAGGUUAAGGCUGUGGACAGACCAACUUCUAUUAUCACUUCUAGCCUUGUCCUGGGUUGCUGGUGACCUGGAGUUCUUGUAUUCACCACCUACGGGUAUUCGAGCAUGUUUAUUGAUAACCUCCAAUAGCCGUGAUCCCGCAACUGGGAAACUGAACAGUGUGACUUGGUGGGCUAAUCGUUGGACAUUUGGAUGCCAUCGAGUAGGAUUUCGCGUGGCUGGGGACCAGUAUACGAUAGUUCGUCUAAAUGAUUGGUGCGCCAGGGAUACACCACUCCAAGCUGAGCGAGCCAGCCGCAACAUGCAUCGCAUUCAGGACGAGCGUGGGGUGAGGACUGGGGUGAGUAAAUAUUGGAUCCAGAGUUGUGUUGAGAUCACUGAGCAUAGAGUGGGUCGCACUGUCUUCGAAUCGACCGACGCGCAGGUGGUCGAGUAA